CACAGGCACAAAAGGAAGGUAGUACGUAGGAAUCCAAAGAGCGAUGACCCUUACCUUCGUCUUAUGGUGAAGUUGUACAAGUUUCUUGCAAGACGCACACACUCAAAAUUUAAUAAUAUUAUCAAGCGACGGCUUUUCAUGAGUCGCAUUCACCGCGCUCCAAUGUCGCUUUCUCGGCUGGCCCGGCUAAUGAAAAAGCCUGGUCGGGAGGAUAAAGUUGCAGUCUGCAUAGGGACAGUCACGAAUGAUAUUCGCAUGCGUGAAGUUCCUAAAUUGACUGUUUGCGCUCUCCGCGUGACUGCGGGUGCCCGCAAUAGGAUCCUCAAGGCUGGUGGGAAAAUUAUGACUGUCGACCAAUUGGCGCUGAAAGCUCCUCUUGGAAAGGGCACCGUGCUCAUUCAAGGACCCAGGAAGGCUCGUGAGGCCUGCCGUCACUUUGGACCGGCUCCUGGCGUCCCUGGUAGUCACACAAAGCCCUAUGUCAUCUCAAAGUCCCGUGAGCGUUCUAAAGCACACAGAGCAUAA